AUGCCGCUCGAAGCCGUGAUGAUUGCCAUCGACAACUCCGAGUACAUGCGGAACGGCGACUACGCCACCACCCGCUACGACGCCCAGCUCACCGCCACCGAGUUCAUCUUCCAGAAUAAGAUCCACCUGAACCCGGAAAACACUGUCGGCUUGCUCGCCUACGGCGGCCAGGGCCCCCGGGUGCUUUCCACCCUCACCACCGACUAUGGGCGCAUCCUCCAAGGCGUCAAUGACACCGAGAUCCUGGGCGACAACCACUUCAGCUCCGGCCUCCAGGUGGCGGCGCUCGCUCUCAAACACCGGCAAAAUAAAGUGCAACAGCAGCGCAUCAUCGUGUUUGUGGGGUCGCCGAUACCCGAGCUGGAAAAAGAACUCGAGAAGUUGGCAAAAAAAUUGAAGAAAAACAACGUCGCCGUCGACAUCAUCAACUUCGGCGAAGAACUGGUCAACACCACCAAGCUCGAGCGGUUUAUCCUGGUGGUAUCGUCGAACGACAACUCCCAUUUGGUGACGAUCCCCGCCGGGCCGCGAUUGUUAUACGAAGUGAUCGCGUCGCUGGAAAUCCUCGUCGAGGGCGGCGGCAACGGCGACCACGAUAUGGGUGGCGACUUUGGUUUUGGCGACUUGGAUGCCGGGAUGGACCCCGACUUGGCGUUGGCGUUGAGAUUGUCGCUCGAAGAGGAGAAGGCCCGACAGGAGGCCGAGGCCAAGGCCAAGAGCCAGCCCCAGGAAUAG